AAGUAAUUAGGUUAGCAAUAAAUACCAUUAUGUUCAGUUCAUGUUGCAAUUUCAACUAAUGUGUCGUCUAUUAGUAUGGAAUAGCCUGGUAGUAAUCACCGAUUACAAUAAUAAAUAAUCCAAUUGGUUCGCUUGUGAGAAGUUACUUUUAACGAAAAGCAUUAAAAAAGACAUCUCUCGAUAUAACUGAAAAUUCUAGCUGCAAAAAUUGAAAAUAUCUCAGGAAGAUGGACGUUUUGCUUCACACAAAAUUUUAAUUAUUAGCCUUCUAAAAUUAAGAUUCAUCAAGAAUGUGUAGUUUGUUUCAUUUUUACUGUAGUGUUAUUGCUUUGUUUCAAACUGUGGUGGACUGCCAAUGUUUCGAAACGAACAAGGACUUAAUGUUUGAUAUUAGCGGCGAUAUCAAGGGAAAUUUUGUUAAAGAAGGUGCAGAUACGCACUGUAUUUGCCUGCCAUAUUGGGAGUGCAAAGACGUUAAUCAAGCAACAUAUAAAGAAGAUUUUGGCUUAUCCGAAGUACGAAGUAAUGAAAACAACCAAAAUAUUUUGUCUGCCAAAUGCUCAGGAUAUCUAGAUGUUUGUUGCAAAGUAAAAUGUGGAAUACAAUACAGCAUGGCGGGACACACAACAAACAUGCAUAAGCGAAUACUUGGAGACGCAGAUAUUGCCGAGUUUGGCGAAUUUCCUUGGAUGCUCGGAAUCCUUGAUGGAACAGUAUACAAGUGUGGAGGUUCGUUAAUUCAUCCUAAGGUGGCACUGACGGCGGCACAUUGCGUAACAGCUCCAGUCAAAUAUACAGUAAGAGCAGGUGAAUGGCAUUGGAAGCAUAUGGAUGAACCUUUGCUCCAUCAAGACCGAACAGUGGCAUUUAUAAACAUCCAUCCCCAAUUUGAUUCUUCAAGUUUAAGAAAUGACAUCGCUCUUUUGGUUCUAAAAAGUCCGUUCAAGCUUACAUCCCAUGUUGGAAUAAUCUGCGUACCACCUCCAGAUUUGAACGUCGAUACAACACGUUGCACCGCAGCAGGAUGGGGAAGAAACUCUAAACAUGGAGUAUAUCAGCCGAUACUCAAAAAAGUUGAUUUACCCAUCGUUCCAUUCCGUGAAUGCGAGCGUAUAUUACAAAAAACUUUAGGGCCACUUUUUGAGCUGGAUGAUACGUUUAUCUGUGCAGGUGGUGAGCCGGGAAAGGAUACGUGUAAAGGAGAUGGGGGCAGUCCUUUGAUGUGCCCUAUAACUGGCGAAACUAAUAGGUAUCAACAAGUUGGUGUAGUUUCUUGGGGAAUCAUUUGCGGACUCACACAAGCACCAGGGGCUUACGUUAAUGUAAUGUUGUAUUCAGAUUGGAUCGAUGGAGAGAUGAUUAAGAUGAGUUUGAAACCAAACAUUUAUCGACAUAACUACGAUAUUAAAACCCAAUCGAAGUGAAAUUAUCGUGUUUACUUAUGAAAUUCUGCUUAUAAUUGGUAGGUUUAGUUACUUACAUUCUGAGGAAUAUAAUACUAGCGUUCUGAUAAAUUAAACGGCUUGGAUGUAUUCAGUUUUAAUAAUGUUAAACUGGAGUUUUGUCCCAACCGAUGAGAAAUUUUCUUUUAAUGCUCGUAACACAAGGUUGUUAAGCGUUAAACGUAACCUAAGGUAAAGUUCUAAAGUUUCAGUUCAAAGCAUUUUCCCGUCGAAUAUUAAAAUUAUCCUCAACCUCACUUCAAACGCGCAAAAACGUAUGAAAUAUGCACGAUUUGGUGCAUAUUUUUAAAAUAAUGAUUAAUAGAA